AUGCUGUCUGUCGCUCCUCAGCCUGUGCAUCUCCCUCUUCAUGUGGACAACCAUCAGCCCAAAGAUGUGGAGCUGAACGAGCUUGGAGACCUCGCGGAUGCUCUGGAGCCAUUUGCGAAGAUGAUCAAACAAUCCACCCGUUCAGUCCGAUUACACUGCACAGUACCGACAUUAGCAGCCUCCAACACCUGUUUUGACCUCCACGAUCUCCACGACCUUCGAGCUCGUUCCCUCCUCUUUGUUCACAACCUGGUGGAGACAUUGCGUGUCUCUGGGAUCCCUGCUUCCUACCGGCUUCAGCUGACAAGCUGUCCGCUUUGUCUCGUCUGUGCACUACCUCCUGAUCUGGACUCCACAAAAAUUAAGGCAGCGGCUCUAUCAGCAGUGCGAGAUGCCCAUCUACAGCUCAAGGACAAAGCAUUUUUGGCGGACCUUGAGGAUGGACUCGCUCUCGUCAUCACAUAG